CACUGUUGAAUUUACAGGCGGCCUGGAGAUGCUCUUCUCGGACCAGCGGCAACAUCAGCUCGCCAUCCCAGCCCGAAGCGAGGACGGCAGGCCUGUGACCAUCGCCCACCUCAUACACUACCUAUGCGAGAACGUCAUGAAGGACACCCGCCAGGAACUCUUUGUCCUCGACCAUCACAUCCGCCCAGGCAUCCUGGUCUUGAUCAACGAUGCCGACUGGGAGCUCGAAGGCGAGGAGGCCUACGAGAUUAAGAGCGGUGACAACAUUCUCUUCGUCUCCACGUUACAUGGAGGCUAGUGUUUUAGAGUGCCGGCGACUGGCAUUCAUCCACUGGAUUGGAAAGGAGGAAAGUGGGUGUGGAGAUGUGUAGGUGUGCGUGUAAGUAUGCGGUCGGCCGGACAAACGACCGCGGCAUGGUCGCCGACCGGACAUACGAUUGCGACCUGACGAGGCAGAUGGGGCCACCACCCCCCAUCCACACCUCCUUCCCCUCUUCCUCCUCUUUCUCCUCCACCUCCUUCUCCUCUUUCUUUCAAGCAAGGCCCCAUGUGGUAAUGGUCACGACGGUCUAAGCUGGUCGAGGGGUUCCUCUGCUCUGCUGGGGACAGUGGGGCGAGCCUAAAAAAACAAAGAGAGUGGAAACUUUGUCUCGAUCCUGUCACCUGCAUUGUACCUCCGCCAUCAUUUGCCCUGCUCCGGAAGAGCGUCUCGCAGGUAUCCGUACCGCUCUUGCAUAUGUCUCAGACAAAAACGACUGGCCAGUAUGGACUACUAUGGGAGAAAACUGAUUGUGUGUGUGUGGGGACGCGUCGAUAGGACAGCUGGACUAUCUCUGUCUACGACUAGGGCUGAAAGGUGGGCGGACGUCUCUGUCAUGUCAAACCGACAAGGAAAACAAACCGUCAGUAAAAGAAAGCCAGUCUACUUACUACACACUACUAGUACAAUAGCAGUUGGUCUUGUUCCU